GAUGAUAAGUGCACAAUAAUUUCUAUUAUUUAGAUGAAUUUGGUCCUCAGGAGGGUCAUGGGCAUGGCCAUGGAUGCUUUCCAGCACCAAACUCUCAUUUCCAUCAUUCUGGCCAUGUUAGUAGGCGUGUUGAUUUAUGGCUUAAAGAGAACACAUAGUGGCCAUGGCAAGAUCUGUAGUGCACCUCAAGCAGGAGGAGCAUGGCCAAUUAUUGGCCAUUUACACCUCUUUGGGGGUCAUCAACAUACUCACAAAACACUUGGGAUAAUGGCAGAGAAACAUGGACCAAUUUUCACAAUAAAGCUUGGUUCAUACAAAGUUCUUGUAUUGAGUAGCUGGGAGAUGGCCAAGGAGUGUUUCACUGUCCAUGACAAAGCAUUUUCUACCAGACCCUGUGUUGCAGCCUCAAAGCUAAUGGGCUACAACUAUGCCAUGUUUGGCUUCACUCCUUAUGGUCCUUAUUGGCGUGAGAUAAGGAAAUUAACUACUAUUCAGCUUCUAUCUAACCACCGGCUUGAACUGCUGAAGAACACAAGAACAUCUGAGUCAGAAGUUGCAAUAAGAGAGCUUUAUAAGUUGUGGUCUAGAGAAGGUUGUCCAAAGGGAGGGGUUUUGGUAGAUAUGAAGCAGUGGUUUGGGGAUUUAACUCAUAAUAUUGUUCUGAGAAUGGUGAGAGGGAAGCCAUACUAUGAUGGUGCUAGUGAUGAUUAUGCAGAAGGUGAAGCAAGAAGGUACAAGAAAGUUAUGAGAGAGUGUGUGAGUUUGUUUGGGGUGUUUGUGUUAUCUGAUGCUAUUCCAUUUCUGGGGUGGUUGGACAUCAACGGAUAUGAAAAGGCCAUGAAGAGAACUGCAAGUGAAUUGGAUCCUCUGGUUGAAGGGUGGUUAGAGGAACACAAAAGGAAAAGAGCUUUCAAUAUGGAUGCAAAAGAAGAACAGGAUAAUUUCAUGGAUGUCAUGCUGAAUGUUCUGAAAGAUGCAGAGAUUUCUGGUUAUGAUUCAGAUACCAUCAUCAAGGCUACUUGUCUGAAUCUGAUUUUAGCAGGAAGCGACACCACCAUGAUUUCACUAACAUGGGUGCUAUCUCUGCUACUUAACCAUCAAAUGGAACUAAAAAAAGUCCAAGAUGAAUUGGACACUUAUAUUGGGAAGGACAGGAAGGUGGAAGAAUCUGACAUAACCAAGUUGGUGUACCUCCAAGCCAUUGUGAAGGAAACAAUGCGGCUGUAUCCACCAAGUCCUCUUAUCACCCUUCGUGCAGCCAUGGAAGACUGCACCUUCUCAGGUGGCUAUCACAUUCCUGCUGGUACACGUUUAAUGGUGAAUGCUUGGAAGAUCCACCGGGAUGGUCGUGUUUGGAGUGAUCCUCAUGAUUUCAAGCCUGGAAGGUUCUUGACAAGCCACAAAGAUGUUGAUGUGAAGGGUCAGAACUAUGAGCUCGUCCCUUUUGGUUCUGGAAGGAGAGCAUGCCCUGGAGCCUCGCUGGCUCUGCGUGUGGUGCACUUGACCAUGGCUAGACUGUUACAUUCUUUCAAUGUUGCUUCUCCUUCAAAUCAAGUUGUGGACAUGACAGAGAGCAUUGGACUCACAAAUUUAAAAGCAACCCCGCUUGAAAUUCUCCUAACUCCACGUCUAGACACCAAACUUUAUGAGAACUAGAUUAUAUUAAGCUAGUUUUCUCAAAAAUAAGGGAAGGGGUCCUCUAGGUCCUGAAAUCGGUUAAUAACAAUAACAUGUUUAAUGCAGCUGCAAUGUAGUAUAAUGAUUAUGUACUCAUGGUUCACUUUUUAAUGGAGCUUCAGUGUAUUAUAAUAACUCUAUACUUGUGGUUCA